AUGCACACGUGCAACUCUCUCUCUCCUCUCUCUCUCCCCAACUCCAAUUCCCUCUCUCUUCUAUUCUCUCAGCUUCGCCCACGGCAAGGGCCGACACCGGUCCCAUUUGCUUCGUCUCGACGCCACGGUCACGACCCACCCCUUUUCCUGGCCGGAGAGCUUGAGAUUCACCUGCGAUAUCGACUAGUUUCUCCUGUUGUUCACGGAGUCGCUACGGCCGAUUCCGACUGCCAUCUCCGACACCAAGGUACGAUUUCUCACCUAUUCUUCACGCUCUAG